AUGAAGGUCUCUGUGACUGCCCUCUUCAUCCUCAUGGCCAUGGCUUUCAGCAAUUUGGCAUCUUCUGCACCAAUGGGCACCGACAUUCCCACUCUCUGCUGCCUCUCCUAUCUCUCCCGACAAAUCCCCAGAACAUUUGUGACAGCCUAUUAUAAGACCAACAGCCUGUGUUUCAAGCCAGCUGUGGUGUGA